UACGAGAUCUUCACCAACUGGGCUACCCUGUUAAAUUAGUCCCCUGUAGUAAUCAUCUUUGCAAAGCCGCACUCCCCGCCGCAGAAAAGAUUCUCAGUGAAAAACACAUCUUAAGGUGCUCAUAAAGUCGCAGGCUCGCAGCUUUAUUGGAAUCACAGAGUAAACCCUAAACCAUGGCUGCUAACAAUCCUCCAUUAACUCCCCAAUCCUUGUCUGCCUUCUCUCAAGGCAUAUAUCUUGUUCUAUCUCGGUGGACUGCUCUUCAGAUGGCUAUUCAAAACGAAUGGGGAGGAAGAGAUUCUCGUCAGAAAUCAGACCAAUUCUCUUAUGAUAUCCUCUCCUGGUUUACCCAAACUAAAGAGCCGCUUUAUAUUGAUGAUUUAGAGGAGAAGAUAUUGUUCAAAACCAUGACAGAUGAAUUCAAUGUUGUGCUUGACGAUGGGAGCGAGAAAGAGAUAGCAGAAGAGCUUAUGAUUAUGCAUGAAGAGUGCCUGCAAGAAAAUUAUGAGUCGAUUCAAAGACUAAGGAUAUCCAGUAAUGGAGCGCAAGCUGUCUCUCAAAGUAGACAGUUGGUUGAUGAAAAUGAGGAUGAGAGUUCUGAUGACGAAGAAGCAUCAGACAUGGCAGUAGAUGAGCCGCAGAGGCCAAGCUCAAAUUCAAAAACAAAUAGCACAUCGGUUGAUAAUCAGAACCAGACAGGACAAGCAGAUGAUGGAUGGUCUGUCGUCCCCCCUAGGCGAAACAAGGGCAACCGCCAAAAUUAGUUUGAAACUCAAUCAUGGUCUUUCCUGUUUCUGCAACUCUUCCAAUUUUGUUUGUUAUUUAUUAGUCUUUUCUGCAUAGCCAUGCCAGCAUAAAGGAAGAAGGGGGGGGGGGGGUUCAUGAUAGGCGUGGCGAGGCCAACGACUGAUUUUUAGGCACUCUCUUACGAAUUUGUACUUGGAAAUACUAGAUUUAUAUAAAAAUAACAUGUCUAAGGUAUUUUGUGUACUAAGCUUUGUGGUUUUGAAGUUUGUCAAUUAAUGAGCUUUGUCUCUAAACACGACAUCAGGGUAUUUCUGGAUAUUGAAUGUUAAGUACGCUUUGUGAGUA